AUGCAGGCCACAACCAUCUUAGGUUUCUUGUUGUCAACACUCCUUACCUUGUGUUGGGCGGACGUAUAUCUCCACUUUCCUGGAGGUAGCAACAACAGAUUAAACGGGAAUGGUGUCAACGUCAGGAAUCCCAACAGGCUGUUUGACUCUCAGGUGGGUGUUUUGAAGGACAGCCUCACCAUUUAUAUGGCGGAUGGAAUUUAAACACGUCGUUAAAAUAAGUAUUCAGUCAUUUACGAACGAAAUAUAACCUAAAGCGGGAAAUGUCCAUCGCUUGACUUAAAACUUUUCUUCCUUAAAAUCCCAGUACGUUAUCCAGCUCAUGGCAUAAAAAGAGACAAACUAAUCACGCCAUGUACGAAUGUAUUGAUUAUUUGGUACAUUUUUUUGUAGAACAAUGGUAAAGCCGGUUACAAUGUCGGAGACAGCGGAAUCAACGCUACCAAAAACGAGAUACCGGAAACGAGGCAGCGUCCAUUGGUAAGGCAUAUUUGGAUAAUUCUGCUUCUCUUCUCUUUCUGUUUCAUUUUCACUCUUGGUUCCACGGAAAGAAUCAACAUGUUUAUUAGCUGAAUCGCCAUAAUGAUAAGGGGUAAGUAUCUGAAGAAACUGUGGUUCUGGGUCGGUGGGGGAGGGGCUGGGGGUAAAAGCUGAGGUUUCGAGUGUUAGCCCUUUGUCAUUCGCUCUGACAAUCGUAAAUAACUAUCAGCCCCCGCAAAUAUCGCUAUUGCCCAUAAUUCCAAAAUGUAUUCGCUUUCAUGCCACUUCCUGAACGUAUCAUGUUCUUCUUUACUCGAAGGAAUUUUUCAUGAGCGGCUGUGAAGAGGAUGCAAAAACUGAGGUUGAAAUUAUGUGGACAAACCAACAUGGAACGGGACCAAAGAGUGAAGAUAUAGUGGAAUCACAAAUCAUCCUGCAAUACAUGUGUCAACCGUAUCCUCAAGGAAACGUAACUGAUAUCAACAAAGAUUUCCAGUUGUAUACCAUCCGUAAUGGUGCACAACGUACUACACAAAGGUUCUCGGUCUCGAUGCAAGAAUCGCGUGUGAUAGAGAAAGACCGCGGGCUACACGAGCCUUUAGCAUACUACAGAUCCUAUCGGCACAGAGACGGAAACAAAGGUGGCAUAUUCUAUGAGAGUCAACAUUCUAACAAUCUCAUUUCCAACUUUUUCCGUAAAUAAUAAAUGUCAGUCUCCCUUCAGCCGAGAAUUCAAACAUUCUCAGCCCCAUUUCGCAGCAAUACUAGUUUGAGGUUUGAAAAUCCAAUUGAGCCUAGAAACCAGGAGAGGACACUGUUUAAAGUUCCACAAGUAGUUAUAGUUUAAUAUUAAGUAAUUGUUCCUUUUACGGAAACAAAGAACCUACUAAACCUAAGUUAUUUAUCAUUAAUCAAUUGCGUCUUUUCCUAGCUAAUCCCAUUUCAUAUCCUCCUAUAACUGCCUCAUUUUUUACUGUUUCUCUUCUGUUGCGCAAGGUUGUAUGCUGCAUGGCAAGGCUCCAACUACCAGCGUGACGCUGAGGGUUUUUUGUUAGCUAAGCUAUAUCUUUCACAAUGAUAUCCUUUUUUGACUUUUUCGCAAUCAUUUCACAGGUUUGUUUACCGCUGAUCAAAACCUGAAAGGUGACAGUGCAAUUUACACCAGGCAGAACGCAAAUGGGAAGAGAAGGGGAUUUGAAGUGCCAGAGGAACGUGAUUACUAUCCCUACUGGGGCCCCACCCCCUGGAAGGACAUUGCAAUCAUGGUCAGUGACAAAACCACAAAAGGAGUGAUAAGGGAAUAUGUUAACAGUGCAAAUUAUGGUGACAAGGGUAAGUUUGACAAAGACUUCUCCUCAUAAGAGUCCUCGAUAGCUGCACAAGCGCAUGCUGUAGAAUGACGCUCUUUGGUUUACUUUCAGGGUUGUGCAUCAUAAAGAAUGGUGUCCGAAAACAUCUAUGUCCAAGAAUACCUCCACUCAACAGACGAAACGCAGAAUGUGUGGCCAGGUUCAUUACACAGGCUUCGUGCGAACUGGCAGGAGGAAGGUGGACCAUAGUAAAAACAAAUUUUAAGGAGAAGUUUUCCGGUGCCAAGUCUUGCGCCAACAUUAAAACCGUCAAGGGCGUGGCGUAUGAGCCUCAUCUGAUAACACAGGGUACUGACGAGAGCGAGCAAGAUCUUGUUCUGGCAGACCCCCCUGAGGUUUUAGACGCACCAUCCACAGUUGUGAAUCACAAUGGCAUGAACAUGGACGGGAAGUUCUCUUCAUACAAAUGGAAGAUUCCUCAUUUUCCCUCCGACACUAUUCAGCGAUGCGUGUUGAGAAUCAGGUGACGAGGGCCAAGGUUAUAGUCUUAUGUUUAGAUCUGUUACAAGACCGAAUACGAAUUUUGAGAACAAGCAUGAAGAUAUGAUUAUGAGCGUACCCAUUGCAACCUGGAAAAAUGGUCAAAUCGAUGUCACUAACGAAAAUUAAUGAAGGCUCACGGAAAAAUCUUGAAUAACUCUUAAAAUAAAAUAAAAUUGUUUAUUAUAUUUUCCUUCGGUUUAACCUCCAAGCAACACUAAAAUGGUCCUUUAGAUUACCAAAAUGAGAGACAGCUGCAAAUGAUAUCCAUUUAAAGAAACCCUUCACUUUCAAACACCAACGCUACACCGCUUAAUGACCUCCCUCGACUGUUACUUUACCUACAUCCAUCCUUGACUUGUUAUUUGGAUAUGUGUGGGACUUUGUUUUAUCUUUUGGCAUUAUAUUUAUUCCCCCCAAAAAUGUGUUUUUAUAACCUUUCAAUAACGUUAACUGUGUCUUCCUGGUAAAAUUGACAGAUAUAACAUCACGACAAAAGAUGUACCGAGGAAUUUUGAUGCUUCAAAUAACAAUGAGUGAGUAUAAAGGAAUAAUGAAACUGAUGAGGAUAAUGGCUGAGAAUUUCCACCCCACCAGCGAAUACUCUGAUUUCAUAUUGUUGAAUUGAUAAUGUUUUUAUUUAUUGGUCUGUCUGUUUCUUUUUUGUGGUUCAAGUUUACUAGCAUUAUUGACGGUUAUUUGUAACAAUCCUGCAUUUCCCUCGGUCGAACGCUCGGCGGUUUAUUCCUGGUCAUGUGACGGUUAACCCCAUUCGGGACCCCCCUCUAAGCCAUGCGCAAACUGUGAUGAAAAUAUUUUAAAACAGGAAAAUAUAAUUGUGAGAAACGAUUGCUUUUUUAGCGUCAAAAAUGACCCUACAACACUUGCUGUCAACGGCAAAACCAAGCUUCAACUGGCCUUGAACACAGCUCAACUGGGUCGAACAUUCCAGGACAGAUCGCAUGUAAUCAUCAUCAAGCCAAGAAAGUUGUUACCAAGACGAUUCCAGAAUUCCAAAAUCUACUACAUCGGAGGAAUGGGAAAGAGAGGAAACAUCGUUCAGACUUAUCCAGCAAUGGAAUAUCGCUUCACCCCUGAACGUAUCAAUGUUACAACAAAUGAUGUCUUGUGCUUCGCUUGGUCAGGUGAGUCGGUGACGAUCUGUCAUAUUCUCUGAACUGAAACUUGUGAACUUAUUAUCAGAGGGAGAAGGUUUCUUGGAUGGAAAGGAAACCUUAGAAACUCUCUACGGUGGCCAAAUUACAUUUUCAAUUCAGUUGAUAAAAACCAAUUUAACUUAUUGUUAGACCACCCUAAAUGCUGAAAACGGAAUAUUUCAGUCGAUUUCUUCCACGUACGAUGUUAUCUUCAGUAUAAGGGAAGCAACCAAAUAUUAGUUUGGAAAAAAUAAAAAAAAAUAAAAUAAAAAUGAGGGAGAAGUUCUAUUCGGAUCAUUAUGUCCAUGAACUUGAAAGUUCAGGGUAAAUUAAUUAAAGUGCAAAAAACCACAAACUAGUUACGUAACAAGUUAAAGGCGUUUUCUGAAAACAUACAAUGGAAAAUGUGAAGCCUGCUAAUUAAGUGAUCUGAAGAAAUUUCCUGACGUAUCAACUAACUACUGGGUAUGGAAAUGUGACCUUAAAGAUUCUUCCAAAUAGAAAAACAAUCAAACAAACACAAACAAAUCCCAUCAUAAUGCGAAAAAUUCGAAUCAAUGGCAGUAUCUGAACAACAACGCACCUUCCCCUUCUCUAAUCAAAAAUUAGCCCUAACUUGUUAUCAGUUGACUGUUGUUAGGGGAGGGGUAGGUGUGCAAUUAUUUAUUACAUUGAUCCAAAUAUUUUCGAUGAUAAGACUAAAACGUCACAUUUUAGAGAUAUAUCCUGGCAUCAAAAUUUUGUGGUUGUUAAUUUUGCACUCUAACUGAAGUGGAUUUUCCCAGAUCUCCCAAUGUAAGUUCCUUCAAGUUAACCAUCUCAUGAAAUAACACGUUACAGGGGUAUACUGAGCCUAAUGAAAGCUCCCGGGGAAUUAAAGUAGACAGGAAGUUUGGGUUGGUUUUCAGCUUAGUUUUGUCACUUUUCUCAGUGCUUUCAGCGGUAGGGAUUACCUUUUCAGGAAAUAACCUAGCUAAAUUAGUAUUUUUUUUUUCAGGUUCCAAUGAUAAUCGAAAUAACGUGGCAGGAGAAGGGCAGAGAGGUUAGUUGCUUCGAAGGAAUUUACUCGUCUGCUCUAUAUUAUGCCUUCAUAGACCACCACAUAACUAUGAACGUUAAUUCUACACUGACACGAUGAAAAUUUUUCAAUUCAAUAGUGCACCUGCUACCCACAACACGGCUCUUUUUUCAAUUUCAAGGAGAUAGCCGGGAUGGUUUUUUAUAAAACAGUGAUGUCAUCGGGGCGAAAGUUUUGGUGUUCGAGUUGUCAUGAACGAGUUAGUAAUUAUUUUUAAAAUAUUCUAAACCAGUAGCGGGUUUUUUGCGGUAAAUCUAACUAUGGACGGCACGACUGACUUUUACAGGACGAAUCCGUUAACCGGAAUAGCUGCAGAAAUUCCAGAUAGAAAAUAAAACAAAAUAAAAACUAAAAACAGCAAAAACCAGAUUAAAAUCAUCCUCAUCCCCAGCGACUGAACAUUUCCCUCUUGCAUUCUCUAAAUUCUUCCAGGAUCAGACAGAACAAACGUGUGCUGGAUAAAGGAAGGAUGCCAGUCUCUCACACCAAAGGCUUGUACGAGCCUGCCUCUUGAAGUAGUUGAACAGGCUGAUAAGUUUUCUUCUGACAAGUUGAAUCUUCACCUCAAUACUGGAUGUUACAGCGGAAACGAAAAAAAUCUGCAAGCUCAACUGAACAACGCCCCAGCUUCCUGCAACCCGCCUUGCUUCCGCAUCAAGAGGCCUGGGACGUACUGUUACAUGGGCACGCGAAAUAACAACUUUUCCAACCGCCGUCACAUAGGACAGAUCACCGUUACUUAAUGUAGUUCGUUAUGGUAACAGGAGCUAACACUGUUGGAAAUCAGUUUUCCUACAUCGUAGUGAAUUGUUUAUGAUUCCAUUUAACAGUAUUUCCCUUAAUUUCCCUGUUUGCCUUUUAACAACGGUUGUACACAAGUAAUCGGUUGUAUGUCGAUCCUCACAGAUUACAUAUGCGUUUGGAUUUCCUAAAAACAACGCUUUCGUUUGGCAGUAUUAUAAUAAUAACUGUAAAGUAUUCUUUACCAGGACGGGAAACUGAAGCAGUAAGCACUUUGAUUUUUGUGUUCUAUACUCAUCUAAUGCUUUAAAAAGGGAAAACAGCAAUUGGUGUACAUUCUUAACAAAGUUUAUUACGAGUAACAAAAUGCAGCUAAGGCUAUGAAAGAUGAAGAGAAAAUAAAAGUCAAAUAACCGGAAAGCCAGACCAACUUCGUUGGAGCUUCAAAAGAUAGUUGCUUCCGGAAAAUCUUCCGAUCUGGUAACUUUUCUCGUGAACCUACAGUUAACAGGAACACUAGAAAUCCAAUUUCCCAUGAGAAUUCAAACCACAAACAUUCCGGUUUUGCAUUCGAAGUUCUCCUUGCCCACAAACUUGGUCAGAGAGACAGAUAUUUUGUUGCACUUGCCUCAUAUGAGUCCAAGUGUUUUGAAACACUGAAUUGUCUUUAUUACUAACCAACUGCUAAUUUCCUAAAGGGGGCUUCAAGUGAGCUGUGAUACCGCAUUCAAUUAGGUACCCAUGUCGCUUACUACGAGACAACAAAAAAUGCCGCGGUCGUGUCUUCUAGCUGUGCUCAAAUGUCGUGGAGUUUUGGCAUCAUUCUACACUUUCCAAAAUAUUUCAGCCAAAGUUUUACAGCGAUGGUGAUAUAAUGAUGCGUGCGUUGCUUCUGCUGGACUUCUAGUCAUGCCAGUGCCUUGAAAUCAAUUUCAUGACGAUUCGACAAUCAUCCGAUCACAAUUUCACUCUAUAUUUGUGUGAUCUAUCUUAUUUUUCCGAUGAUUCGGAUGCGCUCACUUCAUUUGAGAAAACUUUCAAUUUUUAAAAAGGAGUUAGAAUUGCAGAAGUUUCAGAGUCGACAAAAGAAGAACUAAUAAGCUUAACCAAAACAUUACGAAACACUGUCUUUAAUUUCUGUACUUCUCGCUUCCCUCUUGAAUCUUAGCGAUAUGCUCCCCUGUAGAGCUCGCUUGGAAGGUCAAUCGUCGAGUAUGGUACCCUGUCACGUUCUCUCUUAUCUUCUUUAAAGUUUAUUAAUGACGCUCUUCCCGAAAAAUAAACCACACAGUAAUUCCCGGUCCAGAUUGAUAUAAAAAGUGAGUUCUCAAUGAAGUAUACACUUAAAUGUUAAAAUGAUUAUUUAUGAGUUUCUUCAUACUCUCAAACAAGCGCACGAGCCAAGUUUUAAAUAUAAAAAUUUUACUAUUUACCAGACAAAUGAUCAAACUCUCGGAUGUGCCAUUUUUUAUUUCAGAGAAAUGUUUUCAUCUUCCUGGAACCGAAAAUUUAUUUUUUAAAUCCGGAAAACACAAAGCUGUGAAUGUUAGCACCAAAGUUUUUUUUCCGAGUCUGUUAUUUCGGGAUGAAAUUAAAUCACGUUGUUUAUCUAAUUUUGACGAAAUACCACGAGCGGAAAAGAAAUCAAACAACAUCUCAGGAAAAAACAUAUUUUGUACUGAAAACGGAAAGUACAUACACAUGUUGCUUUUGAUAAAUCUUUGUUGGAAGUUUUUCUGAAUCAUCUAUAGAUUAUCUUGCUGUUUGAACAUAUUGCUUUAAAUGUAUACAGAGGAAAUAAUACUUAAGAAGGGAGCGUUCUCACUGUAUAAACAUAUAUCACACGUUUGCGCUUUGUUUACUUGACGAAGAGGUGCGUCUGUUUAACGUUUUAGAACUUUGCAAUCCUUGAUUUAUUCAGGUGUCUGUUUCUCAAAUGGAACAAAAAUCCAUUUGUUACGCUGGGAACAAACAGUGUCGAGGCUACAGAAAACAUGGAACAAAUAAUUACUUUGCAAAGGUAUAGAAGGUGUUUCACUACUCGAGUUUAGGCCAUAAUACUAAGGUUUAGUUGAGGUGCACGAAUACUGAAAGCCAGCGAAGCUGCGAUUGAACGUGAGUGUUUUGUUAAUUUUUUUUUUUUAACAAUAGUGUAUUAAUAAGAAGGUCUUGCAUUUAGAUUUCCUUUUGGUUUGUGGUUUUCUCUCGUGGACGAAUCCUAUUACUGUUGCUGUAGUUGUCGUUUUUUUUUUCUUUACGAAUAUCCCAUUUAAGUUGAUGUACCGGACCUAAAGAACAUUUCCAUUCCCUGUGGUAGUGGGAAGUCCUUGAUCCCGAGUUACAUCGCUUAUCUAUAAUUGUGAGUGAAGAAACCACUCGAAAAAUGACUGGAUGUCUUUGAAAAUAUUUGAAUGAACGAAGUCACAAGUUUAAUUGGUCUAAUGUAGUUUGCUUCAUUAAGGAUGUCAUUAUACUGCGUAGACUUUGUUUGUGAAAUUCUCUUUGAGCCUAUCAACAUAACGUACUAGCACACUAGACGGUGCUAAAACCAAAAUCUUAACUUAACUGCUUUUUUUCUUUCGUCAGGAAUAUGCGGGCCAUAUUCACCUUCGGUUUUUUUUUGUCAACCUUCGUUUAUUUCUGUUCGAGUGAUAUGUACCUUCAUUUCCCCCAUGGAAGCAACAACAGAUUGAACGGGAACCAGGCAAAUGUGAGGAAUGCUAACAGGCUUUUCAACUCUCAGGUGGGUGUAUUCGAAUCAAUUAUUUACAUAUUGAACAACUCGCUAUACAUGUGGAUUAAAAAUUGAAAAAAAGAACUUGGUUUUUAAAGCACCAUACCAGUGAUUUCUAAUGCUUCGCAUGCUUGGAAAGUAACACAGCUUUGUUUUAAUCCUUGUACUCCUUGGCCAGAGCUAAUUAAAAUCGAUCUUAUGCCAAACUCUUGCGAAUGUUUCCAACAGACAAAUUUCUCAAUUUGAAUGUUUCAUCUUUAUUCACAAUAAAUUCUCUGGACCAAUUAAUAAGAAAAUGAAAACAUACACACACAGUCGUUUGCCGGAAGUGCUGUAUAGUGUUGCUCCCUAUAAUCUUUUUCCAUUUCUUUAUUACUCUUUUUUAGAACAAUGGUAAAGCCGGUUACAACGUUGGCGACAGUGGAAGUAACAAUCCAGGAGAAAACAUAAAAGAAACAAGGCAGCUUCCAUUGGUUGGAUAUAUUUGAUAACUUUUUCUUUAAAGCAUAUUCUUUAGACUCUAUAGGAUCAGAUUGAAUUCAGCCUUAACAAUGUUAGAAAAUUAAAAAAUGCCCUUCCGAAAAAUAAAACCGGUCUGUUACCAUGACGAAAUUGUUAUCUUCAUAUGCAUGUGAAGAUAUAAAUACGUGCAGUGCGCGUGGUGAAGAAAUCACGUUUCCGAGCCGGAAAAAUUCUGAUAUAACACUAGCUUUUCUUUUUUCUUCAACCGAAGGAAUUUUUCAUGAGCGGCUGUGAAAAGGAUGCAAAAACUGAGGUUGAAAUUAUGUGGACAAACCAACAUGGAACGGGACCAAAGAGUGAAGAUGUAGUGGAAACACAAGUCAUACUUCAAUACAUGUGUCAACCUUUUCCACAAGGAAAAGUUACGGAUAUAAACUCGGACUUUCAGCUACAUACCAUUCGCAAUGGCGGGAACCGCUUAACUCAACCGUUCAACCCCAAUCAAGCAGAAAAUCGCUUGAUCAAAAAAGACCGCGGAUUGCAUGAACCGAAGGAAUAUUAUCACGCUUAUAUCCGCAGGGACAGAAACAAAGGUGAAAUGUAACUUCAAUAAGUAGUUCAGCAAGAAAGUUCCUUUCACAAACAUGCACCGUUCAGAUAAAGAUUUGAAUCUGAGGUCGAUCAAACUUUGAUAAGGGGCCAGUCACUGGAGGAUUGACCCCCACCCCCCUUCCCCCCUUACUAGCAUCAAUUCCCCCCAUAGCGACGACAGGUCCCUCCGCCGUUCCCCCUGUGAUAACUGUUUUGUGACUUUCUAUCAUCCGCCGGUCCGGUUAUAUUUUUACUCUUACAGUUGUAGAUUUCAAUAACACUGCACUUUGUUCCAAAAGAGGAUGUCUCAGAAUAAAACUUUAUCUGGGACUAGUAUGUCCAGCGGAGCCCUAGAGGAGGGGGGCAAAAAAUUGUUUAAGUCCAACAUUCGGUAACGCUUCCGAAGGGCUUCUAAUUAAUUUUAAACUAUAAUCAUUUUGCAUGGCAAGGCUCUAACUACCAGCGUGACGCUUAGGGUUUUUUGUUGGCUAAGCUAUAUCUUUCACAAUGAUAUCCUUCUUUGACUUUUUCGCAACCAUUUCACAGGUUUAUUUACCGCUGAUCAGAACCUAAACGGUGACAGUGCAAUUUACACCAGACAGAACGCAAAUGGCCAGAGAAGGGGACUGGAAGUGCCAGAGGAACGUGAUUACUAUCCCUACUGGGGUCCCACCCCCUGGAAGGACAUUGCUAUCAUGGUCAGUGACCGAGCUACAGAAGGAGUGAUGAAAAAGUACUUCAACAGUCCUAACUAUGGCGACAAGGGUAAGUUGUCUCUUAUAACUAAACACCAUAACUGUACCAGUAAGAGAAAUGGCGUUCUUUUGUUUACCAUCAGGAUUGUGCAUUGUGGGGAAUAAUCAACCUGGGCACAAACCUUGUCCAAGAAUACCUCCCCGUAACAGGCCAAGCGCGGAAUGUGUGGCCAAGUACAUUACAAAGGAGUCGUGUGAACAGGCGGGAGGAAAGUGGACUGUAGUAAAAACAAACUUUAAAGAGAAAUCCUCUGGCGCCAAGUCUUGUGCCAACAUUAAGACCGUCAAGGGCGUGGCGUAUGAGCCUCAUCUGAUAACACAGGGUACUGGAGAGGGCGAGCAAGAUCUUGUUCUGGCAGACUCCCCUGAGGUGAUAUACGCACCAUCCACGGUUGUGAAUCACAAUGGCAUGAACAUGGACGGGAAGUUCUCUUCAUACAAAUGGAAGAUUCCUCAUUUUCCCUCCAACACUAUUCAGCGAUGCGUGUUGAGAAUCAGGUGAGGGAAGCCAAGAUUAUAGGUGGGGGUUUAAAUAGCCCAUUGUAAAUGAUUUAAUAGUCGAAAACAAAUCGUUUACAAUGUAUUAUGUAUAUGGUAGCGAAAUUAUAAAAUUUCCAUUUGUCAAACCUUUCUCAAAUGCACGUAAAAUUACCUUUUAACCAUUUUUUUACCUAUUGGGUGGCGUUUGAGCAACAUACUAUGCUGUAGAUCAUUGACGGUACAGUUUAGCAAACAUUGUUUUAAGCUAGAGAAGGAAGACUGACUCGAGAAGGCCAGUAGUAUGUUGUCGUGAGGCCGCUUGCAUUAAAUCACCCCCGAAAUUUUUGUAAACCAUUAUUUGUGCGCGUCUCGCCUUUACAUGUGUUAGUGUCGCCAUUCGGAUUAGCGUCAGAGGCAGAUCAAAUACAAGGUGUUUAUUUUACUUCUUUUAUUUUGUCUCCCACUAAAUAAUGAUCUGUUUUCCUGUUCCUGUAUCUACGACUUAUUAUUGUUAUUUAAUAACUGACAGAUACAACAUCACAACAAGCGAUGUACCAAGGCGUUUUGAUGCUUCAAACAAUGAUGAGUAAGUGAACAUGAGUACUAAGCGUUUUCACCGACGCGGUUUGAAUUUAUUGGGACGAACGAAAGUAUUUACGUAGGAAAAGAGUUUUAGUGUCGAAGAACAUUUGAUUGUUUUAAUAUAUGCACCAAUAUCUGGCUGCCAUGAGGUCAUGUGAAAACGCCCUGUCACGCUGAGGACAUUAUCUGGAAGCCGGAACGGACACAUCAAGGGCGUCCCAUUCUUGACUGAUUAACUGACGACUUUCUUAUUAUUGAUUUUUCAGGUGCAAUCUUUACUUUUCAAAACUUAGAUUAUCUUAACAAACAGGCCACGGGAGGUAUUUAAGGACAAAUACAAACUGUCACCGUGUUGGGCUAAUGAAGUUAGAAUACGUAGCUUAGCAAGUGCAAUCCUUAUGAAAGAAAAAGUUUUAAAUAAGUCUAUAAGAGACUUAAACUCUUUUUGACAUCUGGAAUCAAAUUUCUGACCCUAAAUUGGUGAUAUGAAAGUGAGGUUAAGAAACAGCACUAAAAUCGUGAAAAAUUAUUGCCUUUUUAGCGUAAAGAAUAAUCCCACAACACUUGCUGUUAACGGCAAAACCAAGCUUCAGCUAGCUUUGAACACCGCUCAACUCGGUCGUACAUUCCAGGACAGAACACAAGUAAUCUACCUCAAGCCAAGAAGCUCUUUGCCCCAACGAUUCAAGAAUUCCAAAAUCUUCUACAUCGGAGGAAUGGGAAAGAGAGGAAACAUCGUUCAGGCUUAUCCAGCCAUGGAAUAUCGAUUCACCCCUGAACGUAUCACUGUUUCUAGAAAUGAUGUCUUGUGCUUCGCUUGGUCAGGUGAGACUGUUUGAAAUAACAUAGUUAUGGGCGGUGACAGUUACGCCUUCAACUAAAACAUAUACAUGUAAACCAACAAGCCUUGUCCAGAAACGCAAUAUUUCCCGUUGUAAGGUUACAUAAGCCACGUCAUGGUUACUUACCUAACUUUCUGCCAUGUUAAUUUCAGUACAAGGGAAAUCACCAAAAAAACCAGAUUUUUAAGAUAGAAAAACAUUGUAAAUGAAAAAUCAAACUUCACCGAUUGACAUGGAUUACAAAUGGAGGGCUUAGAAAAUUUAGCGAAAAUUUUUCAAGAUGCGAAAAAGCAGUGGUGUACCUCCUUUGAUUCGUCUUCUAAGACGUGCUUAUGAUUACAGAGUCAAAAGAACAUUUUAAUGUAAAUCAAGAGAUAUUUUCUUUUGUGCAUCUUGCACGUUCAAAAAUAAGACUAACUUCACUCAAUAUUCAUUAUCAGAGUCAGAAAGUUAAUUUUUCGUUGUCGUUCUUUUCUUCAGGCUCCAACAAUAAUCCGAACAAUGCUGGCGAAGGACAAGCAAGUGAGUAGUUUCGAUAGAAUACAUUUACUAGCGCUAAAUAAAACACGAAAUAUUCUUCCUAUGAACAAAACAUUUGGAUUUCUUUCAAUAUCAGCUCCAAACUUGCUGCAUACCCCCAAAACUCGAUCUACGCACGUCAAGGUGAGAGGAAACACAGAGAUAAGAACAGGAUAAAAUUAUUCUCCUGUCAGCGACUGGAAAUUUUUAUCCUAUAGAAAUUUUUGUAUCUUUUCAGGAUCAGAUAGAACAAAUGUGUGCUGGGUAAAGGAAGGAUGCCAAUCUCUUAAACCAAAAGCUUGUACGAGCCUGCCUCUUGAAGUAGUUGAACAGGCUGAUAAGUUUUCUGCGGACAAGUUGAAUCUUCACCUCAACACUGGAUGCGGUGACGAAAACAAUCUGCAGGCUCAACUGAACAACGCCCCAGCCUCUUGUAACCCGCCUUGCUUCCGCAUCACGAAGCCUGGGACAUACUGUUACAUGGGCACGCGCAAUAACAACUUCUCCAACCGCCGUCACAUAGGACAGAUCACCGUUACUUAAUGUAGUUCGCUGUGGUAACUGGAGCAAAUACUGUUGGGGAUCAGUUUUCCUACAUUGUAGUGAACUGUUUAUGAU